CCAAUUCACGAGGACACAGCCUACGCGCGUGUCUCCACUGUCACCUUCCCCUUAUUCCUUUCUUCACCUUCUUCACAGCUUCACCUUGAAAACUUCACUCGUCACCUCUCCCACACCCAUAUAUAUAUAUAUAUAACAUCCGCAACACAAACACAUAUCAUUCCCCUCAUUUUCUCUCUCUAGAAGACAAAAGAAGAACUGGCGUUCAAUUCAAUGGCUGUUCCGACGUCGUUUUUGACGUUCAAAUCCAAGAAAGCCAACCUCUAUAAACUCACACUCACCAUAAUCUUAUGCACUCUCUUUUAUCUCAUAGGUUUCUACCAAAAUUCUCGUGGCAGUAUCCCUCUCGUCAACCAAUCUUCAGCAGCCUAUGCCAUCUUCUCCUGCGCCCCACCAAUCCGGAACACCACCCUCGACUUCUCACCUCACCACUACAUCCCUGACCCACCACCUGUGGUGGCGCGUGUAUCUCACCUCCCUCCUUGCGACCCUCAGUUCUCCGAGUACACCCCAUGCGAGGAUGUUCAGCGUUCCCUCAAAUUCGACCGAGAUAGACUCAUAUAUAGAGAGAGACACUGCCCUGAGAAGAACGAGCUUUUAAAGUGUCGUGUGCCGGCACCGUUUGGCUACAGGGUGCCUUUUAGAUGGCCGGUGAGUAGGGACUUUGGGUGGUAUGCGAACGUUCCCCAUAAGGAAUUGACGGUGGAGAAGAAGAAUCAGAACUGGGUUCGGUUCGAGGGGGACCGGUUUAGGUUCCCUGGUGGUGGAACCAUGUUUCCGCGAGGGGCUGACGCGUAUAUUGACGAUAUUGGCAAGUUGAUCAAUCUCAAAGACGGCUCAAUAAGGACCGCCAUUGAUACUGGUUGCGGGGUGGCAAGCUUUGGAGCUUACCUUCUCUCAAGAAACAUUUUGACAGUGUCGUUUGCACCAAGAGACACCCAUGAAGCUCAGGUCCAAUUUGCACUUGAACGUGGAGUUCCUGCAUUGAUUGGAGUUUUAGCUUCCAUAAGGCUCCCUUACCCUUCAAGAGCCUUUGACAUGGCUCAUUGCUCGCGCUGUCUCAUUCCCUGGGGUCAAUAUGAUGGGCUGUAUUUGAUUGAAGUUGAUCGAGUUCUUCGUCCGGGUGGGUACUGGGUUCUGUCUGGGCCACCAGUAAAUUGGGAAAACCAUUGGAAAGGUUGGAAUAGAUCACCUGAAGAUCUAAAAGCAGAGGAGUCUACUAUUGAAACAGUAGCCAAAAGUCUAUGCUGGAAAAAAUUGGUACAAAAAGAUGAUCUUUCUAUUUGGCAAAAACCCACUAAUCACAUCCAUUGUAUAGCCAACAGGAAGGUGUACAAGAAGCCUGUCUUUUGCGAGCCACAAGAUCCUGACAAGGCUUGGUACACCAAAAUGGAGACCUGUUUAACACCACUGCCUGAGGUAUCAGACAUAAGAGAGGUAGCAGGUGGGCAACUAGCAAAAUGGCCGGAGCGAUUAACUGCAAUCCCUCCAAGGAUUAGCAGUGGAAGUGUGGAAGGAAUUACUGCAGAAAUUUUCACUGAAAAUACAGAGUUAUGGAAGGGAAGAGUAGCACAUUACAAGGAAGUUGAUCGUCAGCUAGCUGAGCAGGGGCGGUAUCGAAACUUGCUUGAUAUGAAUGCUUACUUGGGAGGCUUCGCAGCAGCUCUAGUGGAUGACCCUGUGUGGGUUAUGAACGUUGUCCCAGUGGAGGCUGACGUCAAUUCCUUAGGGGUUAUCUAUGAACGUGGGUUGAUUGGAACCUAUCAAAAUUGGUGUGAAGCCAUGUCUACAUAUCCAAGAACCUAUGACUUAAUUCACGCAGAUUCAAUUUUCAGCCUCUAUAAGGACAGAUGUGAAAUGGAGGAUAUUCUGUUAGAAAUGGAUAGGAUUUUAAGGCCAGAAGGUAGUGUAAUAAUUAGAGAUGAUGUAGAUAUCUUGCUAAAAGUCAAGAGAAUCGUAGAUGUGAUGCAAUGGGAUGCCAGAAUUGCAGACCAUGAAAGUAGUGCCCAUGAGAGGGAGAAGAUCCUUUUUGCAGUGAAGCAGUAUUGGACAGCACCUGACCCUAACCAAAUUCACCAAGAAUCUGAAACUGCUUCAUAGCAAUGGUCUGUCUCAGUAUCAUUAUUUUUCGGUAUUGAUGAUUCUUGAUCAUAUAUAUAUUUUUUGGUUAGUGGGUGUCAUAUACUGAGGUUCUUACACAUCAAUGAAGGGCCGAUGCAUGCUUAGAAAGUGGGCCUCCAUUGGUUUCUGGAUCCGCAAGUAUUCGGAUAAAUUGCAUCUGAAUGAUAAAAUUUUCCAGUUCGACCAUUGUUGAUUCUGAAUUUUUCUUUUGUAAAUUAUUGCAAUUAAAGACAGGCAUGCAUUAAUGUCUUAAUAAUUAUGGGGCUAUGUCGUUGUUUAC